UUUGUUAGAACCUUUUUUGUCUUCAGCUCUUGUACUGUUUUUUUUGGCAACCAAUUUUUUGCGGGCGUUUUGAAUGAAGGCAUUAGCGUUGCCUUCAAUUAGCGGGCUUUAAACGUAAAACAAACGCCAAUGGUGUUGGCAUUAAAUUCAGUCGUUACGCCCUCUCUACAUAUAAAAAGGAAACAUCGGCGGCUCUUUGACUGGCAGUUGCGUGGAAAGCAUUGACGCGGUUUGUCGAUUGAAUUAAAUAUAAAUAUCAUAUUUUCAUCGUUGAAUUAAAUAUUUAAAUAUGCCAUUGCAAUUGCUGUCGCCAAUGCCAUUGCUGCUUCUGGCGAUGAUUCUGCUGCUGUGCACGCACUUGAGUGGCGCGUUGGCUGUUGACAAGGAUGUGGCACCAGUUGGCGAUGUAAAAACGGAUUUGCUGUCAUUGGAGCAGGAAAUUGGCGGCGCUGCGGUGCCGGCUGAAUCGGAAUCUGAUUCGCAGCGAAAUCCGCAUCCGGUUCGUCGAAGGCGUGGCAUCUUCUUCAGCGGCAGCAUCGGCGGAUUACCCUUCCUUAACUGGGCCAGUGGUUAUUCUUGGGCAUAUCCUGGCUAUCCGUACAACUACUAUGGCUCACCGGGCUCACCAGGCUCACAAUUGCCUGGCUAUUAUGGCUAUGGCAGUGGCUACUAUCCCGGCUACCUGGGCUAUCAGAAAAUUAUCAUCGGCUAAUGCAGAUUUGCUAAGGGAACAAAAAGGCAGAGCGAAAUAUCGAUUAGAAAGCCCCUUUCAAUGUGAGAUUAUAAAUAAUGGCCGGGAAGGAGCAGCGACGACCCUUUCGCAGUUUGUUAUUUUACUUAUUGUUGCUGCUUUUAAAUUAAUUUGCCGGACACGAAAAAAGUUGAGCUAAGUUGAAGAGGUGGGGGUGCGAAAAAAAGAACAACAUGAAAUCGCACAAUUUAUAUUCAU